AUGGCUACAGCAGUUGCAAGAAACAUUCCGCUUUUAGAAGUUUCUGCUGCGAAUCCAACUCAAUUAGCUGCGUCAUAUACUUCGAGUAAUUCAAAUUCAAUUAAAAUAACGAAUGGUUCAACAACUGCUCGAGAUGUGAAUGUUAAUUUAGGAUCGGUUCCUGCAGUUACAUCAGCUAUACCAAGGGGCUUAUCAACAACUACCAAAGUCUUACUUAUCUUGGUAACAUUUACAGCGUUGGUGGCAGUAAUUGCUAUUCCUACCAUCUAUUUCACUUUAAAUGGAGGAACCACUACUACAACAACAUCCACAACGAGUACGACAUCGACUUCGACGACCAGUACUACAAGUACGACAACAACAACCACAACAACCACGACAACGACAACUACAACUACUACUACGACUACAACAACAACGACAACAACAACGACAACAACAACAACGACAACAACGACUACGACAACAACAACAACUACGACUUCACUUAGCACAACAACUACAACAACGACGUCAACAUCCACAACUUCUACUACUAGCACAACAACUACGACAACAACUACGACUACUACGACAACUACAACUAAAACUACGACUACCACGACUAGCACAAGCACCACGACAACAACUACCACUACAACUAAAACUACGACUACGACAACAACUACGACGACAACUGCGACAACAACGACUACGACAACCACCGUUACAACAACCACAACAUCAGCACCUUGUCCUACAGGAUAUGUUCGAACACCAUCUGGUGCGUGUGUUAAUCUUCUUAUUGAUUUCAAUAACUGCGGUUCCAUUGGUUAUGUGUGUUCUUCAACAUAUACAAGUUGUUCAAAUGGCGCUUGUAGUGGUGCACCUGCUGUUCAACUUAUAGGUGGAGUCACAAUAAGUGGUUGGGGUGGAACGGUUAAUGUCGAUGACGCAUAUGUCACUAUUUCUCUUCCAUUCUCGAUAACACUGUACGGUUAUACUACGUCUUCAGCAUCUGUUCAGAGUAAUGGCUGCGUAUGUCUGUCCGGCUGCUCCAGUGGUUACACAAACGGACCUUUACCAAGUGGUAGCUUCAGUGGGCCAACCGCCUUUGGCUAUUGGGAUGAUCUUUAUAUAUUUGCAGGAACAUCUCAAAGUGUUUACUAUGGUACAACAGGCACAUACCCCAAUCGAAAUUUAGUCUUCGAAUUUUACAUGGCUCACUACGGUGCACCAACUCUAUAUUAUCACUUCCAAAUUGUUUUCUUUGAAGCUACACCCAAUGUAGUUAGAUAUUUAUAUUACCAAGUAUCUGAUUCAGGUGCUUCGUGCACAAUUGGCGUUCAGGGUUCCGGAAGUGGCCCUAGUAUGACAUAUUCGGUCGAUACAGCAGGAUCUGUACCAGCAGGCUCACCGACCACAAGUUCUGCCACAUUGACACUUACAUUUAAUACAGCCUCGGCUAAUGAUCAACAAGCAGCAAAAAUAUUUGUUCCUCGAUCGAUUCAACCAAUCAAGGAUGCAGAAAUGGUCGCCUUCGUAAAGAGAGUAGACCUCGAAAUACCGGAUAAUCGAGUAACCGAAGCACUAACAAAAGCUGGUCUUCAUGUUGUUAAUGUUACUCGAUUUAACCGAAAAGAAGGUAAUAUAUCAACAAGCACCAUUAAAAUUACAUUUAAAGAUGGAAACAGCCGAAACUCAUUCAUUCACACUGGACAACAAGUGGAUUCGAUGCACUUUAAUGGUGAAGCUGCAUUACAAAAUAAAAACCCAGUAAAAUGCUACAUCUGUCUUCAAUUCAAUCAUGUAGCAAAGUACUGCAAAACAAAACAGCAAAAAUGUGCUAAAUGCGGUGAUAACCAUCGUAUAGAGCAAUGCACUGCUGCAAAUCAUGCAAUUAAAUGUAACAAUUGUAAUGGUAAACAUUUGGCAACUGUUAAUGAUUGUUCUAACUUUUUAGAACAAGAAAAGCGAAUUUUGAAUUUAAAUAAAUCAAUAUUCGUUCACAAGUAG